AUGUAUGGACAACAUCUGGUUUUUCUUUUCAGUAAUGGUGCCGGCCGUAGUGGAGCCUUUUUGGCUUUGGAUGCCAACCUGGAAUUGAUGAAGAAGACCGGUCAACUGGACGUUUAUGAAUAUGCGAAAACGCUUGUCAAUUCACGCCAACAUCUAAUUGAUAGCGUUGAUCAGUAUCAAUUCAUCUAUGAGGCUCUGGCCGAGGCAGUGAUGUGCAACGUGCAACCGAUUCAAAUGCAUCAAUUAAAGAAUCGGAGUUCGAUGUAUAAAGCGAAGAAGAAUCGAGAACUUAUGGAGUCACAAGACAACCAUGAGAAUAAGUUAUUACUACAUCUCACGCAUCCUCUUCGCAUCGGCGACUGCGCAGGAGGCCAUCGUCUAGAGAAUCGAGGCAAAAAUCGUGACGUUAUGGUGGUUCCACCCGAUCACGCUCGACCGUACCUUCAGACUCUGCACGGUGAAAGCAAAGACUAUACAUAUAUCAAUGCGGUGGAAGUGGAUGGUUUUACUAGGAAAGCGGAGUUUAUAGUGACGGAAUGGCCGAAACAGAGUACAAUCGACUCAUUCUGGACGCUCAUUUACGAUCAUUCCUGUCAUACCGUCGUCAAUUUGAGCAAUCAGGGAAAUCCUCGGCAAUAUCCGACAUUUAUACACAACAAAGGCAAAGCAAAUUAUGGUCCAUUCAUUGUGGAAGUCAUCAACUACCAUCAAUAUCCAGCGAUGACAUCACAUAUGGUCAAAGUGAUGAAAAGGGUUAGUACGUUCAUGAUUUCGGAUAUCAUGUCAAACGCUGCAAGCAAUCAACAGAUAGAUACGGAAGUUCGGAUUUGCUGCGUCAUUCAGGUGAGGAUGUGGCCCAUUGAGAAUAAGGUGCCAUUGUCUACCACGGGUCUCAUGGAUGUCAUCAAAAUGGCCCGAAGUUGGCGACGGCGAGCUCCUGAUCGACCAGAAAGCAAACCAACGAUAGUGAUGUCUCAUAAUGGAGUUUCUCGGGUCGGGGUGUAUAUUGGAGCCAAUAUAUGUAUCGACCAAAUGGACACGGAUCAUGAAGUUGAUGUGUUUCAUGCGGUGAAAAUGAUGCGAAUCAAUCGACCGCAGCUCAUCGAUAUGAAGGACGAAUACAAAUAUCUAUACGAUUUGAUGCUGCAUUGGUACAUGACAAAUCCGGAGUACCGUGUCCACGACAAGGACAUUUCUGACGACGAAAGCGGUGGUGGCUCAAAGCCUCCCUCACAGCGACAGUCACUUCGGGACAAAGAUCGUUUUCUGCGAGGACAGAAUUCGAUACGUAAAGAUUCUCGUAAAAAUGCAGAAAACUCCUAA